AACUUUUAGCCCGUCUUCCCGUUUCGGCGGAAUAAAAUGACAGAAUUUCGAAAGCUCUUACGGUAACGCAGCGUUAAUUCCCUGCAGAAGCCCACAAACAGUUUCUGUGCGCUCAGCGGUUCCGCAACGGCUGUGUAAAAACUGGAAAAGCUUAGCGUGACGCAGUGACAUGACCGGUCUUUGUGGUGGAGGCUGGUGUGACAGCAGUCUGACAGAGUCUGGGUGGCAGACUAGUCGCUCGCUGGUGUUCAGCUUGUUUCAGCACAAUUAGUCCGCACCCCACACAGAUUUUUAAAUAGCCGAGGGAAGCGAGCGCAGAGCCCACAUGCAGGGAAACCAGUUGGAUCACACAUCACAAUGACUGGAAUGGUUGCAGCUUUAUCUCCAGCACACAUCUGAUCGAUGCGAUCAGAGCAGACUCAGACUCGCUCUCCAACACAGGGGCUGAGAGUCAUGGGGGACCGGUUGGCCUCGAGGGCGGCGGGCAGGAGGGUCAACGGACACGGCGGCAGGUGGAGCGCUCCCGCGCUGCAGCCGGAGGCGGUGGAGGACUUCAGACGGAGGCUCAAGUACUUCUUCAUGAACCCGUGUGAGAAGCACCGAGCCAGGGGCCACAAACCCUGGAAACUCAUGUUACAGAUAUUAAAGAUCGGGAUCAUAACAGCCCAGUUAGUCACUUUCGGCCUGAGCAACGAAAUGAUGGUCACCUUCAAAGAGGAGAAUCUGAUGACGUUCAGACACGUGUUUCUCAAAGGUUACAAGGAUCACCGGAUAGGAGGCUACGCGCUGUACACCAGAGCAGAUGUGUACGAUCACGUCAGCUACAUCAUCCACAGGUUCAUUAAUCUUCAAAAGCUGGCGGUCGGUAAUCUUGCGUACGCGAGAGUUGACGGCAAGUACGGCCCUCUGUCGGUGUGUCAAGAGCUUUACAGAAACGGCACCGUCGAUCCUGGAAACGACACCUUUGACAUUGACCCACUUAUUGAUGAAGAAUGCGUUUCUUUUUACCCGCCGCAGCGGCUCGACGACGACAGUUUGGCCACACAUGUGAACUUCUCUUUAGAUUUCCAAAGGCUGGUGUCGGUGAACAUCUACCUCACCCUGAAGACCAUCAACCUGCAGACCGUGCGGCACCACGAGCUGCCGGACUGUUACGACUUCCACGCGACGAUCAAGUUCGAUAACCGAGCGCACAGCGGGAGGAUCAAGGUUGACGUGGAGAACGAUGUCCGAAUGCACGAAUGCAGGGACUGGAACGUGGAAGGAGCGUCUGGAAAGAGCGACUUCCUCCUCCUGUUGUUUGACUCGGUGGUCAUCCUCGCCUGCUUCCUGUCUCUCCUCCUCUGCUCGCGGUCCGUCGUCAACGGCAUCCAGCUCCAGUUUGAGUUCAACACGUUCUUCCAUGCGUACUACAAUAAAGUCGUGUCUUGGUCAGACCGCAUGGAGUUUGUGAGUGGCUGGAACAUCCUCAUCAUUGUGAGUGACACCUUGACCAUCGCUGGGUCGGCACUUAAAAUUGGAAUCCAAACAAAGUACCUGACGAACUACGACGUCUGCAGUAUCCUGCUGGGAACCGCCACCAUGCUCGUCUGGGUCGGAGUGAUUCGCUACCUUGGUUUCUUCAAGAAAUACAACAUAUUAAUCUUAACCGUAACGGCGGCGUUCCCCAACGUGAUCCGAUUCUGCUGCUGUGCGGCCAUGAUCUACCUGGGUUACUGUUUCUGUGGCUGGAUCGUCCUCGGGCCUCACCAUGACAAGUUCCGAACCCUCGACAAGGCGACAGAGUGCCUCUUCUCUCUCAUCAACGGGGACGACGUCUACAUCACUUUCCAGAAGAUAAGACACGGGGGCAACAUGGUGUGGCUUUUCAGCAGACUUUACCUCUACUCCUUCAUCGCCCUCUUCAUCUACAUGGUGCUCAGCCUCUUCAUCGCUCUCAUUACUGACACCUAUGAGACCAUCAAGCGUCAGCAGCAGGACAGGGUGCCGGUGUCUCAGCUCCAGGCCUUCGUAGCGGGGUGCAGGGACCUGCCCAAGUCUGGAAGAUACCACACUGGGGAAGAGGCCGCUGGCUGCUGCCUCUCUUCGUGCCUCUGCUUUGGAUGAAAUGACAAAAUGGCAGCUUUUACCUCUGCCCAGUGUGGCAGAAUACGUUUUUACUCAAUUGUUCUUUUUAAAAUUGUUUUGUUACUUGACUAGCGGAACACUACAGAGGAUGUUAUGCUCACCAGAGAAAUGACCUGUUUGUGAAUAUGGAUUCACAGCCUCAAUAUAGUGGCACAUUUAAAUGUGCUUUUGAACUCAACUUUUAUGUUCUUAUAGGGGGGCGGGUUACAAAUCAAGAAGAUCUUCAUCAUUUGUAGUAGCUUAGUCGUGGAUUAUGCUCGACAGAUAUGCAAUCAGGUAUGUCUUUAUUUGAUGUAUUUGGAUGUAUAAACUACUGACAUGGAUUCGAA